AAAGAGGAAAAAGUCAUAAGUGAGCUUAGUUUGACGGAGAUGUGAUCUCAUCUUCCAAAAAGCUUACGGUUGCAAAUGGUCGGUGGCUGCUCUUCCCUGUCUUAUUCCUCCUCUUCCACUUUCAUUGCCACUACUACUACUUUGUCUUCUUCCCUUAAACUCAAUCCACAAAGCUUCAUUUUCCAUUUAAAUCUGAGAAAGCCUCCACCUUUAAGGUGUCUGAGCUCACUAACGAUGGAAUCGCCGAAACCCAUUCUCGAUUUCGAAAAGUUCGACGAUGGGUUUGUUCAGAAACUGGUCUACGAUGCUCUCGUUUGGUCUUCCCUUCACGGCCUUGUUGUCGGUGACAAAACUCAUCAGAGAUCAGGAACAGUUCCAGGGGUUGGGAUGAUGCACGCCCCCAUUGCAUUGCUACCGACUCCAUUCCCUGAAAGUUACUGGAACCAAGCUUGCGAAGUUGCUCCCAUCUUCAACGAGUUGGUUGAUCGUAUCAGCUUGGAUGGCAAGUUCAUACAAGAUAGUCUCUCCAGAACGAGAAAAGCUGAUGUCUUUACAUCUAGACUUCUUGAGAUACACUCCAAGAUGCUAGAGAGCAACAAGAGAGAGGAGAUUCGUUUGGGUUUACACCGGUCUGAUUAUAUGCUUGACGAGGAAACUAAGUCACUUCUUCAGAUAGAGAUGAACACUAUCUCGUGUUCCUUUCCAGGCUUUGGUCGUCUUGUUACCGAGCUACACCAGUCAUUGCUUAGAUCUCAUGGGGAUCAUCUUGGGCUAGACUCUAAACGUGUACCUAGAAAUGGAUCCACGAGUCAGUUCGCUGACGCAAUGGCUAAAGCUUGGUUGGAGUACAAUAACCCAAGAGCUGUAGUUAUGGUCGUUGUGCAGCCGGAUGAACGCAACAUGUACGAUCAACAUUGGCUAAGCAGUGUCUUAAGAGAAAAGCAUAAUAUAGUAACCAUCAGGAAGAGUUUAGCAGAAGUUGAAACCGAAGGACGUGUACAUGAGGAUGGAACCCUUACUGUUGCCGGCCAAGCUGUCUCUGUGGUUUACUAUAGAUCAGGCUAUACUCCCAGAGAUUAUCCGUCUGAAUCAGAGUGGAAUGCUAGGUUGCUUAUAGAGCAGUCCUCAGCUGUUAAAUGUCCUUCUAUAGCUUAUCACUUAGCUGGCACCAAGAAAAUCCAGCAAGAACUCGCAAAACCAGGUGUUCUCGAGAGGUUUAUGGACAACAAAGAUGACAUUGCUAAGCUGAGGAAAUGCUUUGCUGGGCUUUGGAGCUUGGACGAUCCAGAAAUCAUCAAGAAAGCUAUUGAGAAACCUGAGUUGUUUGUUAUGAAGCCUCAGAGAGAAGGGGGAGGUAACAACAUAUAUGGGGAUGAUGUGAGGGAGAAUCUUCUGAGGUUGCAGAGAGAAGGAGAGGAAGAAAACGCUGCGUAUAUCUUAAUGCAGAGGAUAUUCCCAAAAGUGUCAAACGUGUUCUUGCUGCGAGACGGUGUUUACCAUAAAGAUCAAGCUAUAUCAGAACUUGGAGUCUAUGGGGCUUACCUCAGCAAAUGGAAACUGUGUAGGAACAAGGAGAGAGUUAUAAUAAACGAGCACAGUGGUUAUCUGAUGCGCACAAAGGUGUCGUCAUCAGAUGAAGGUGGUGUUGCUGCUGGUUACGCCGUCUUGGACAGCAUUUAUUUGAAUUGAGACUUGGAUCAUCACAUUCAAUAAUCAUCCUAAUUAAUUCAUGUUUAUGCUGGUUCAUUUCCUUUUUCUUUAGUCUUCUUGCUUGCUUGUUAAAGAUUUGUGUAUUGAUUCAUGAAGAUCUAUAAGACAAGAGUAGACAAAGCUCUUCUAAACAAUUCUUCUUUAAGAUUUGUUAGAUGGUAUAUGUUUGUAAACUAGUUUACUUUAUGUAUGUAUCCACUGCAUACUAGUUUACAAACAUCUACACACAAAUACUUUACUUUUAAUUGAGAAUUAAAAUGUUAUAUUUCCAAA